GCGUGGCACUCCGUCGGUAACGACGACCGGUGUGCAGUGUCGGUGCCGACGAAACGCGGAAGUGGUAGAAACUUCAAGAACGAACUGUCAACUGGGAUUGUACAUAAAAGGUCAGCUGUGCGGAUCAAAUAAAAGAACCCGAGAAGCGGAAAUAGAGCAAGACGUGUAGGUGACGGGAAUCGUCGCAUGCCCAGAAAGCAGGCAACCAUGACAUCAGACACCAAUCCCAGCAAGAACUCUGGCUCCGCUACCAGUGGAAAGAAGCGAGGCAAGAAUGCCAAAGGCGGCGCCGGCAAGGCAGCUAACAAGACGGUCUCGUUCAGUGCCAAUCCCGAUCCACCAGCCCAAGCGCCGGUGAAUGGGGCUUCAAACGGAGACGCUCCCGUACCUGCGCCUAAUCCGGCCUCGACAGAGACUGCUGGUGAUGUGACCUCUAGUGCUUCUGAUCCUGGAGACGCCACUGCGACAGCCUCGCCUUCUGCUGGAUCCAGUGAUGGUGCUGCUCCCUCUGACGGUGCUGGAGACGCUGCCGGUUCCCUUGACGAACCAGGGCAGGUCACGGAGGCAGACAAAAUGGCCAUCGCAAAGGCUGGAUACAAACGUCUCUGUAGUGAUGCCACACUACAGACCAAGAAGGACGGCUACUUUCGAACAUUCGACUCGCAGGUGCUACAGAGUAUUCCCGAGGAGAAGUUUGAAGAGUUCAAAAAACUUACGACAGACAUGGAAAGAAUUUUCUUCGUUUGGAACGUUCCGACGGUACAUUCUACAGUUACGGUAAGUUAUUGA